AUGCACCCCGGGCGAAGGGGCUUGACCACCGCGAUUUGCAAACUCCAACGCUCCGUCUUCAAUCACUUCCGUCCCGCCAUGCAGGAUACGCAACAAGAGUUUCCGCCAGAGGAAAGCACGGCAGAUUGUGCCAUGACCCAGACCGACACCAAUUCUGGCUAUGGAGGCUUGAGUAAUGCGGGCCUCCAGACACACGAUGACCACCUCGACCCAGAAGCCAGCUCCACGGCGUCUAGCAGUUGCUCUCGCCCUCAACCGCCCUCCGACGCCGGGACGAUUCAGCCGCAGCCGCAGCCACAGCCAAUACGGAUACAGCCGAUUAAGAAACAAAUCGAUGUAGCCACUGCGAGACGGGCCAACGAUGUCAUCGAGCAAAUGAGCCCACUGUUGCAAGAGUACAUGGUGAAGUCCAAACGCUACAAAUACCUGUCGAGGCCCAAGCGUAACCCUCCUUCCAUGUCAAUACGGCCCAUAGUGCUUGGGACAACAGAAGAGGAUGCCAAGACUUGCCUGGUUAUCUUCUGUACUGACAGCCACGGAGCUCAUGAUCAGAUCAGAGACUUCCUGCGCCAAUCUUUUGUCAAGGAAAUAUACCAGCCUCGAGACAGCGCAGAGCCUUCUUUUGAUGUCCACGUCUUCGGUGCAUCUUGA